AUGUCGGCCGGUGGCGAACAUCUCAAAGAUGAAGGCACCAAGCGACAGGUCGUAUUGGCCGGCGGGAUUGCAGGGCUGAUCUCGCGGUUCUGUAUUGCGCCGCUAGACGUCGUGAAGAUCAGACUGCAGUUGCAAAUCCAUUCGCUGUCAGACCCUGCGUCCCAUAAUAGUGUCAAUGGGCCUGUUUAUAAGGGGACAUUGUCCACUAUGCGGACGAUUAUGAAGCAAGAGGGAAUCACUGGCCUUUGGAAGGGCAAUAUUCCUGCCGAAAUGAUGUAUGUCUGCUAUGGUGCGAUGCAAUUCACCGCGUAUCGAGGAACAACCCAAGCCCUCGCCCAACUUGGCUCCUACAGACUCCCCCAACCUGUCGAAUCCUUUAUUUCCGGUGCAGUGGGAGGCGGAUGUGCCACGGGAAUGACAUACCCGCUUGACCUCCUCCGCACGCGAUUUGCCGCGCAGGGCCCGGACCGUGUGUAUAGCUCGCUUCGCGCCUCGAUUGUUGAGAUCGCUCGGCAGGAGGGCGCACCAGGAUUCUUCCGGGGGUGUUCUGCCGCUGUGGCACAAAUUGUGCCAUACAUGGGACUCUUUUUCACAACAUACGAGGCGGUUAGACCAGUCAUGACCUGGGAGGAUCUGCCGUUUGGUACAGGCGAUGCCGCAGCCGGUGUGGUGGCCAGUGUACUGGCUAAGACGGGUGUUUUCCCCCUAGACCUCGUGCGAAAGCGCUUGCAGGUACAGGGUCCAACAAGGACCCGUUACGUUCAUCGAAAUAUCCCUGAGUACAACGGCGUCCUCCGAAGUAUUGCCAUGAUUGUUCGCACCCAGGGUGUGCGUGGUUUGUACCGCGGCUUGACGGUCAGUUUACUCAAGGCGGCACCGGCAAGUGCGGUGACGAUGUGGACCUAUGAGCACACAUUGAAGGUUCUUCAAGAGCUCAAUGUCGCUGCUGACAGUUGA